AGUGUCGCAAACCGUCAAGCCUGCCUUGCGGCAGACGGUAGGCCAGCUAGUGUGGAGUAGGUUGAGUAAUGGCUAGAGGGGACACGAGAUAGCUCAACUUACAGAUAUUUGCUUAUUUUAUUAUUUUACCGUCACUAGAACUCAGGUGGGUAUUUGUCUCACUCGGCCUUUCCCUGGAGCGCUUGGUUUGGGCCCCAUUCUUUUGUUUUCACAGUUACUGUAUGCAGUGGAAUGGCUGAAGUGCCGCCUGGGCCUAACGCGCUAUCUGCAUCCCCGGCCGAAAUUAUACCGCUGCCCGUGGACGGCUGUUCAUUCCUGGGGAACAAUGAAAAACUGGACCGCGGCCGAGGGGAUGUUAUAGCUCUGGGAACGGAACCGCUGCAAGCGACGGAGCCCAGAGGAAUAAUCAAGACGAAGCAGAACAACGUCCACCCGAACUCCUCGCUGACACAGCUGAACGGCGUAGGCGAGCACACGGAGGAAGAAGAGGAGGAGUACGGCGAGCACUGCAGCCGCGUCCCCGUCCCCAACCACGUCCAACACCCGGCGCACAGGGCUGCAGUCUCGCAGCGUUUCGAUGGCGAGCGCUCGGCGAGCGGCUUAACGAACAACGAAUGCGAGAACCGCACAGUCCCGAACAACGAAGCCAGCACCGCGGCUAUCAGCGAAAACAGUUCGGUUGAACCGGAGUGUGACAGCAGUACUUGUUCGGGGACUAUAAACAGCAGGACUGUCGGUAACUUGUCCCUUGCUGAGGCCGGAGGUGAGGGACAGGAAUUAGCAGCCGAUGAUGGCAGUAAAGGCCGGGCUGUUGAAGAAGAGGCCCCGGUGGCUCAGAUGGCAAACCUGUCACUGACGGAGGAGCAAACGGGCGAUAGCGCCAUCAGUUACGUGAGAUACGAGUCAGAGUUGCAAAUGCCAGACAUUAUAAGGCUCAUAACUAAAGACUUGUCUGAACCUUAUUCGAUAUACACAUAUAGGUACUUCAUCCACAACUGGCCACAGCUCUGCUUUCUGGCUAUGGUGGAGAAAAACUGUGUCGGUGCCAUUGUGUGCAAGCUGGACAUGCACAAGAAGAUGUUCAGGCGGGGCUACAUUGCCAUGCUUGCUGUGGACUCCAAAUUUCGCAGGAAAGGCAUUGGUACUAACCUUGUUAAAAAGGCAAUUUAUGCCAUGGUGGAUGGGGACUGUGAUGAGGUGGUGCUGGAGACAGAAAUCACCAACAAAUCCGCCCUGAAACUUUACGAGAACCUGGGCUUUGUCAGGGACAAGCGGCUCUUCAGAUACUAUUUAAACGGAGUGGAUGCUCUGCGGCUCAAACUCUGGCUACGCUGAAUCUGACUGUGACCUCCUCAACUAUCCCUUUGGUCCUCUGUUCUCCUGUCCCUCUGCCCCAGCCCGGAAGAGCUGCAUUCUUUCAGUGAGUAUGGCGAGUCAGCCUCCAGCGAGCCACAAUGAGGAGGCAGCCUCGCAUGAAAAACGAGCAAAAUGUAAUAAAGAGUUUUAAGUACCUUUCUGCGAGUGAAAGAAGUUAUUGCAAAAAAAGGUGAGGGGGGUGCUAGUAUUUGAAAGCAGUCACUGACUCCGAAGAGGAAAAGCUGGUGGCUUUGCACUGUGACAUCUAAAGGCCUGAUUGCUGGUCGCUGUGUGAUUGCGUCGGCCGUUGAAGAAUGACUGGGCAGGACAUUAGUAUCACCUCUAGGAGUCGUGCCGAACUGGAUCGGGCUAAUAAAAAUCAAACAAGGCAUCACCCCUCUAUUCUUUUAUUUUUUAUGAAUUAUUAUCACUGAGGGAUGGACAAUGAACUUCUAUGUUCAAAACAACUUAAUGGAAACAUGAAAAGUAAAAGGAAAAAACAGGAACUACACUAACAGAUCUUAUUUUAUUUUAUUUUAUUUUUUGUUUUCAUAAGAGGGUUCAUGGGGAUGUUGAAGGUUCUGAUUGUGUUAGAGCCUGUAUCAUUGGCUUGUUUUUGUGUGUAUGGGGGUCUAUUUUAUGUUUUAUGUUAUGGUUUCAUAUUUUUGAGCAGACCUUUCUUCAUUUUAGUAAUGCAGCUGCUCAAAAGAGAGAUCCAUUUUUUGCAAAAGAGGACACCACAACAUACUCAGACAGAGAAUAAUGUCCACGCAGACACAGAAACUGGCAUUUUAAUUAAUCUAGAGUGAAAGCUAAAGUUGGUCAUUACCAGAAAUCACUGUCUUUGUCUUAGCUCUGCUAGAUUAGCCUGGUUAAACAGUUUACUAUUCAAAAUGUUUUGAAUAUGCUAUGUUCAUUUAUGCAUAAGUUCAUUUUGUGCUUGUUUAUAGAAUGAUUGAUUCCACCUGUCUCAUUUGCUACCUUCAUAAAAAUUUUAAUAUUUAUUAAAAAUCAUGAAGAGGAAGGGUGUUCUGACAGUGUGUAAAUUAAAUUAACAAAUUAUCAGCCCACUCUGAAAAUACUCCUGAUGCUCUUUUUCACCAUACCAUACCUAAAAUCGAUGUUAAAAGUGUUUGAUGACUCAAUUUAAAAAAUGGCAUGCAAUAAUCAAAGGUCUGAAUUUGAUUGAGAUUCAAUGUUGUACUUACUGACUGCCAAUGGUGCGACUAAUCAGUUAUUAGUUAAGUAAUAGUAAAUGCCAUUCAUUCAAGUAGGCUAUAUGUUAAAAACCAUUGCUAAAAUAAUCUUUCUUUUGUGAACUGUUUUGAGCAGUGGUUCUCAAAUUGGACCUCAGGGUGUCCCAGAUAGUCCACAUUUUUGCUCAAUCUGAACUACCAACACAGGAAUAGAGGGAAAACAGGGACCUUCAGGGGCUUAUGAGGACCAGUUUAAGAAUUACUGGUUUAGAGAAGGUUCCUCUGCUGUACCAUCUCUUUAGUUUAGCAGCAGGGGGCAGUAUUUGAAUACAACUAGCUCACCGCUCUCUAUUAGCCACCACUUUCAGUGCUGAUUAGGAUAUGCAACAAUGAUUAAGGAGUUGUUAUGGGCAUAUGUGUUCCUGUUCACAUUGUGUUAGAAUGGGAGUAGGUUCUUCUUGUAACAUCUUUAUAAGAUUAGACCCCAUUUUGCAAGAUAAAAGAGUCUCUCUCUCUCUCUCUCUCUCUCUCUCUCUCUCUCUCUCUCUCUCUCUCUCUCUCUCUCUCUCUCUCUCUCUCUCUCUCUCUCUCUCUCUCUCUCUCUCUCUCUCUCUCUCUCUCUCUCUCUCUGCGCCCACUGAUGGAACCAAUUUGCUUUCUUUUGUGUUCAUGGCGGAUAGACCCCCAAUGUGCUUUGCUGUUGGUUCGUGGGUUCUUCUUGAAUAAUCAAAAGCAUUUAGUUCAUGCAGAUCUUUGGCGGGAAGAAGUUUGUGUUGUUUGUUUUUUUUUCUUUCUUUCCUCCUUCGUACAGAGGUGCUGGACUCCAGUAUUAGUCAGAUGAGCAUGUUGGAACAUAAAAUUUGUGUUUAAGUAUAUUUGUUUUUGUGUGCGUGUGUGGACCCAGAAUUUCUUAAGUGUAAGAGAUUAAACCUUGAAUCAUGGAGAGGCGCAUUGGACGCAUGCCAUAUGCUGUAUACGCUCAAAACAAAUGGGCUCAGGUGUUUGGUGUUUGUCCAGUUCUCCUCCAGGUCUCUCCUCCCUAGUCAAGAGCUCCUUUUAAGGACCCCAUGGUUAUUAAAAACCACAGUAUGCUUCAGAGGCAAUUUGUUUUUCGUAAGGGGUUGGGCUACUUCAGGAUUUGAAUAGCUGUUGAGAGAUGGAAAUCUCAGUUGUUAUUGCCCAAAAAAUCUCCCUCUCAUCAUCCAGCACAGUUUGUGGAAUAUGCUUAUACUCUAAAUGUAAAGGUGCCAGAAAGGAUGCUUUCGAGCCAUGCCAUAGAAGAACCACUCUUGGUUUCCUGAAGAACUUUUCAGGGGAUAGUUCUGAAGGAACCAAUUUUGUAAGUGAGACCCAUGAGUGUGAAUUUUUUUUUAUUUUUUUUAUUACAUAUUGUAAAGGUUCUGUCUAUACCAACUGACAGUUCCUAGUCAAGAACCCUUUUUUUAAGAUUGUAAAAUCAACUAAAAUGAAAGAACUCAAAUUGUUGUGGCCUAAUCCAUACUAGGUACCAGCCUAAAUAAACUGUCAUUCGUAUUUGGCAGGUGAGUGGUGGUUUAUCUUGUUGCUAUAGUCUGUGUUCUCUUAUAAGAUGAGGGAACACUGUAUCAGAUUGUAGUAUGCACAGUUCCAAAAUUGUAUUCUUAAGUUGCACUGCUGUUCUGAGACUUUGUUUUAGCUGUCUGCAUAAAUGGCCUUUAGAACGACCCAACAGUUUCUUAGGCAACAGCUGGCAGGUUCUAGCUGAAUGCAACCAUGUUCUGACUGGUGAAAGUCAAGAGCUGCAUUUUGUUCAAGGAAGGAUCAAUGGAUCUGCACUUGCAGAUUAUUUUUGCCACCAUAAACAUUUGAAUUUAUGUUGUAUAUGUGUGAUGCUUUUCAUGUGUCUGCUAUGGCUUUGGUCAAAGGAGACCUGCACCUCAGUCAGAGUGGCAUUUAGUUGGGCAGAACAGAGAGGUCUGCAUGUUGGUUUAUGUCAUCCCACUCCUCUUCCACUCUCUCACCUCUUACAAAGUGUCUUGCAAGUUUUUUUGAUUUCAAGUGGACAACAGACUUUGUUUAAAAAGUAUAAAUAAAUUAUUUGAUUUUUAUUGCA